AUGGAUACGGGGAGCCCGAUCAAUGCCUUGAAUGGCGCGCGGGCAACAGACUCGCCAUCAAAACAACUCACGCCAUUCUCAUGUGUGGUUUGCCACAAGCGAAAGGUCAAAUGUGACAGACAAGAGCCAUGCUCCAAUUGCGCAAAGGCAAAUGUGGAGUGUGUGUACCGCGCUCCGCCACCGCGCCGUAAAAGGGGACUGGACGCGAAUGGCAGUGUGUCGCAAGAACGCGCGAAGUCCCUCAAACGAGAUGCGGCACCCCACGGAAGCCAUACUGCAUCCCGCAGAGACUCCGCGGGGGAAGAGCGGAGUGACGAGAGAGCAGGUGGAUCGGGGAGAAUGAUCAUGAAAGAUGGCAAUUCAAUCUACCUGGAGAACAACUUAUGGACGAGUGUGAGCAACGAGCUUCCUAACGCAGCGGAUGUGUUAGGAGAUGUGUCGGAUACAGGCACUGAGAAUCUUGCUCAUGAUGUGGACGACGAGUAUACGAUACUUUCUCCUCCGGUGACGAAAAAGCCACUCGCUGAACUUCACCCGAGUCCGCUGCAUAUCUUCAAGUUAUGGCAAGCAUUUCUUGAGAAUGUGAAUCCACUCACUAAAGUUGUACACGUACCAACGGUGCAACAGCAGAUUUUGGAAGCUAUGAGUGACUUGCCAAAAGCCAGCAAGGAACUUGAGACGCUGAUGUUUGCGAUAUACUGCAUCGCCAUAGUUUCCAUGGAGCCCGAGGAAGUCGAGAGAUCCUUUGGAGAAAGCAAGAGAGGACUGUUGCUACGAUAUAGGCAGGGGGCCCAGUUGGCCUUCAAAAACGCAUCACUUCUUCGUACGUCGAGCUUGACGGUGCUCCAGGCGUUCAUGUUGUAUUUGCUGAGCAUGCGGGCAUUUUCCGACACACAUACUAUCUGGACCCUUUGUGGGAUUGCAACACGCAUUGCGCAGCGAAUUGGAGUUCACCGCGAUGGUUCCAACCAUGGUCUCUCAGUUUUCGAAACAGAAAUGCGCCGUCGCGUUUGGUUCCAACUGAUGAUCAUAGAUGUCACUUCUGCCCAAUCUUGCGGCGUGUCCUCGAGUUUGCUCCCAGCCUCUAUUGACGUCCAACCGCCGAUGAAUGCGAAUGAUAGUGAUCUGGACCCUCGAAUGACAGAGCCAGCCUGCGAAAAGCAGGGCCCAACAGAGAUGAUAUUCGUACUGGCUCGAAGCGCGCUGGGUCAAUGGCUGCGUCGGUUGUCCAGCGGUGUUUCGAGUUCCAACACUGGCCCCUGGGCAAACUUGUCGUCUUCAUCAAUGCCUCUGGAAGAAAAGGACAAAACGAUCGACGAGCUCGAAGACUUCAUGGAAUCGGAGUUUCUCCGAUAUUGCGAUAAAUCUAUUCCGCUCCACAUGCAGACAAGGUUGAUGGUGCGUUCGGCUGUACAUUAUACUCGACUGAUGGCACACCACCCUCGACAAUAUCAAUAUCAAAAAGUUCGACUUUCUCCGUCAGAGAAAUCGAUUAUCUUUGAGAGCGCCCUCAAGAUGACGAAAUAUGCAGAUCAUGCACAGAACAACCCGGUUGUUCGACGAUUCUCGUGGCACACUAUGAAUCAUAUGCCGUGGGACGCCAUCAUAUUCAUGCUCUCGGAGCUGCGACAUCGCACGGACCCGGAGGAAAAGAGCACUGUCUGGCAGUUGAUAGGAAGUGUGUAUUCUGAAAACACCCUUAAGGCGGGAAACAAAGCCUCCACGCCCCUUCACAAGGCCAUCGAAAGCUUGAUCGUCAAGGCCUGGCGAGCGUACAUUGGAGAGUGUAACCUCAAACGCCGCGCGCCUACACCCUGUCCUUCUAUUGUUGCUUCUUUGCUCGCAAAUGCACCAGGUAUCCCUGAACCGCAGGCCACUGAAAGAGCCGUCGAAGUUGAACGUGACACGGAGCCACCUGCGCAACCCGGCCAUGAAUUUGCGACCUCGAAUUAUGGACCUGAGGGGGAAAGAUUCGAUUUCAUGAUGGGCGACAGUCCAGUGGAUUGGAACGAAUGGGACAAUUUACUGAAUCAAUUCCAGAGCUCAUUGGCAGACGAUACAACAUACUUGGGCUGA